AUGACUGUCGUCGAGACUCUCCCGCCGGUAACUAAUGGGCACAACAAGGACAUGGCCGAGGAAUCCCUCAUCAGGAUGCCUUUGGAGCUCAAGGGAUAUUUGAAUCAGUACAAAUCUUUCAAUGUCACUCCCAUAGUGGGAACAGAGUUCCCUGAUGCUCACGUGGCAGAUUGGAUGAAGGCUCCAAACAGCGACGAGCUUCUCCGCGACUUAGCUGUUACCAUCUCUCGUCGAGGUGUCGUCUUCUUCCGCUCCCAAACCGACCUCACCGAUGAGCUUCAAAAGGAGCUCGCCCACCGCUUGGGUGUUCUCACAGGCAAACCAGACGACUCAAAACUGCACAUUCACCCUUUGACCAACUACAACCUUGACAAAGACCCAGAACUGAAUGUCAUCACAACAGACAAAGCCGUCAAUCCCGCCGAGGACCUUUGGAAAAAUAGGCCCGCCGAUAUCAGAAACAGUUGGCACACGGAUACCAGUUACGAGCCGAAUCCCGCCGACUACUCAAUUUUGAAGCUCGUCAAGCUACCUGAGACUGGAGGAGACACAAUGUGGGCCUCCUCUUGUGAAAUCUACGACAAGAUCUCCCCCUCCUACCGCAAGUUCCUCGAAGGCCUGACUGCCACCUUUGCCCAGGCGAGACUUCCAGUCACAGCUGCUGAAAAGGGGUUUCAACUUUACUCAGAGCCCCGUGGGUCUCCCAACAAUGUUGGGACAUCUCUGAGAACCGUUCAUCCGGUUGUUCGCACGAACCCCGUCACCGGCUGGAAGAGUCUUUUCGCCGUUGGCAACCAUGUCGAGAAGAUCAACGAUGUGACGGCGGAUGAAAGCAGGCGACUACAUGACUGGUUCCUGCAGAUGAUUGUAGAAGAGCAUGAUACUCAAUUGAGACAUCGGUGGGAGAAUCCCUACGAUAUUGCGAUUUGGGAUAACCGCACGGUUUACCACACUGCGAUUUUUGAUUUUGCUGGGUUAGGCGCUCGCACCGGUCAUCGUGCGGUUGGAAUCGGUGAGCUCCCGUAUUUCGACCCGAACAGCAAGACGCGUCGUGAGGCCCUUGCUGAAGGGUCGACUUAG